AUGAUCGCAUCCAUCUCCCGACAUCGGUCUUUCACCAACUUGGUGAACACUCUUGGCAAGUCCCAUCGCCAAUACAGCAUAUUCAGUGGCGCCCGCCACUUCUUCUUGUCUCGUACAAAGGAACCAGACGCGAGUGACGACUACAACCCAUAUAUCCAGUACCCCUUGGUGACAAAAGACCAACUCAAGAAGAUAACCAAUGACAAAUAUAAACUCGACUGCGCGUACGCAUCGUAUGCGUACCACAGCGAUGGCUCCAACCCAACCAUACACUCAUUGUCCGACUUGACAGAACCAACCCAGCUUAACACCUUGCUUCCUAGACGACGUCCUCAUGGCUCGCCUGCGGAUACUUUGUCGAUCAAAGCAGGCGAUGAUGCUAUGCUCAUAUCCCCCACAGUCAUGGCUAUCGCUGAUGGUGUGACAGGUUGGGAAACGAAAGACACGAACUGUUCUUCUGGAAUCUGGUCUCGUUCAAUGGUGGAAACGCUUAGUCGUCUUAUGACCGAGUACAAGUUCAAUCAUGCUCCUCAUCAUCUCAACAAGAGAGAUAUUGACGAGAUUUUGGACGACUCUUUUUUGCAUACUUCCCACUUGAUGGACCUUCAGGGUCUCAGUGGCUCAUCCACCCUCAUAUUACUGAUGUUGAGCGGAGAAUAUCUCAAAAUGAUCAGUAUAGGCGACUCUAAGCUCUACAUUAUAAGAGACGGUGACAUUAUAGAAACUAACAAAGAGCAAAUGAUAUCUGAUCUUUGUCCACAGCAAAUUGGAACGCAAACUUUGGGCCAGUUGCCUUCAGAAAUGGCGUGGGUUGACUCCAUGAAGUUGAAAGAAGGUGACAUCAUAGUGAUGUGCUCGGACGGCAUUUCCGACAAUUUGUAUGAGUGGGAAAUUGUACAUUAUCUCGAUGAAAGUUUGAAUUUGAAGAAAGAUAGCUUGAAAAAAGCUGCAAACAACAUUUUGGUCAAAGCGAAGGAAGUCGCCUUUGAUGAUUAUGCUUACACACCUUAUAAUGAGAAAGUUAAUGCACUUCCAGCUGCCAAGUAUGGCCACAAUGCUAGCACAGGCGGCAAGCUUGAUGAUAUGUCGAUCUGCAUCGCUAGAGUUGUUAAUAAUACAAAGUAG